GCUGUGUGGACAGAAGGGCUGGGCCCCGGGGGGUCAGGCCCUUAUCCCAGCCCUCCCCCUCAUUUCCUGCGCCGGACGCAGCCGGGUGAGUAGGGUCAUCACACAGAGGGAAGGAACAGGGUUGAGCCAACGCAUACCGGGCCCAAGGACAGAGGCACGCAUGUGGGUGAUCUGGUCCUGUCAGGCCACAACCCUACAGGGUGGCCACGCCAAGGCCUGCACGAGGACCCCAUCAUUGCACUUGAUGUGGGACCCAGCUACAGACAUUCUUUGGGGAAGGAAGACCCCACAGGAUACAGAGACCUGGGGGAGGACCAGGCAGCUGGCCACUACCAUGCCAGCUGGCCUGGACCCCCUUGCACAGAAGCCAGAGUCCCCAGGAAGUAGAGCCAGUGGACUGGAGGAUGCUCUGCUGAACCUGGGCUCUGUCAUCGACCUCGCGGGCCUACAGCGCGCCAUCAAGGAGGCUCUCUCGGCCGUACUCCCCAGAGUGGAGACCAUCUACACCUAUCUGCUGGACCAGGAGUCCCGGCUGGUAUGUGAGGAUCCCCUGCAUGAGCUGCCCCAGGAGGGGAAAGUCCGAGAGGCUGUGGUCUCCCGGAAGCGGCUGAGCUGCAAUGGUCUGGGGUCCUCUGACCUGCCAGGGAAGCCCUUGGCCAGGCUGGCAGCUCCGCUGGCUCCUGAAACCCAAGUUCUGGUGCUACCGCUGGUGGACAAGGAGGCUGGGGCCGUAGUAGCCGUCAUCUUGGUACACUGCGGCCAGCUGAGUGACAAUGAAGAGUGGAACCUGCAGGCAGUGGAGAAGCAUACCCUGGUGGCUCUGCGGAGGGUGCGUGCCUUGCAGCAGCGGGAGCCCAGCGCGGCCCCUGGAGCCAUCCAGAAUGCCCAGGUGGAGGUGGUGGAAGACCAGAAGGGCGGGGACGCCCAUACGGACCAGGAUCAGAAGAUUCUGCAGCUGUGCGGGGAGCUUUACGACCUGGACGCCUCCUCCCUGCAGCUCAAAGUCCUCCAAUACUUGCAGCAAGAGACUCAGACAGCUCACUGCUGCCUCCUGCUGGUGUCCGAGGACAAUCUCCAGUUGUCCUGCAAGGUCAUCGGAGACAAAGUGCUGGGGGAAGAGAUCAGCUUUCCGCUGACGACAGGACGCCUGGGCCAGGUGGUGCGUGACAAGAAAUCCAUCCAAUGGAAGGACCUUACCUCUGAUGAUGUGCAGCAGCUGCAAAGCAUGCUGGGCUGUGAGGUGCAGGACAUGCUCUGUGUCCCUGUCAUCAGCCGGGCCACUGACCAGGUGGUGGCCUUGGCCUGCGCCUUCAACAAGCUCGGAGGAGCCUUAUUCACAGAGCAGGACGAACAUGUGAUCCAGCACUGCUUCCACUACACGGGCACAGUGCUCACCAGCACCCUGGCCUUCCAGAAGGAGCAGAAGCUCAAGUGUGAGUGCCAGGCGCUUCUUCAAGUGGCUAAGAAUCUCUUCACUCACCUAGACGACGUGUCUGUGCUGCUGCAGGAGAUCAUCACGGAGGCCAGAAACCUCAGCAAUGCCGAGAUCUGCUCCGUGUUUCUGCUGGAUCAGAAUGAGCUAGUGGCCAAGGUGUUCGAUGGGGGCGUGGUGGACGAUGAGAGCUACGAGAUCCGGAUCCCUGCUGACCAGGGCAUUGCAGGCCAUGUGGCGACCACGGGCCAGAUCCUGAACAUCCCUGACGCCUAUGCCCACCCACUCUUCUACCGCGGCGUGGAUGACAGCACUGGCUUCCGCACGCGCAACAUCCUCUGCUUCCCCAUCAAGAAUGAGAACCAGGAGGUCAUCGGGGUGGCUGAGCUGGUGAACAAGAUCAAUGGGCCGUGGUUCAGCAAGUUCGAUGAGGACCUGGCCACGGCCUUCUCCAUCUACUGCGGCAUCAGCAUCGCACAUUCCCUCCUCUACAAGAAAGUGAACGAAGCCCAGUACCGCAGCCAUCUGGCCAAUGAGAUGAUGAUGUACCAUAUGAAGGUCUCUGAUGAUGAAUACACCAAACUCCUCCACGACGGCAUCCAGCCUGUGGCUUCCAUUGAUUCCAACUUUGCCAACUUUACCUAUACACCACGCUCUCUGCCGGAAGAUGACACGUCCAUGGCCAUCCUGAGCAUGCUGCAGGACAUGAACUUCAUCAACAACUACAAGAUUGACUGCCCCACUCUGGCCCGGUUCUGUCUGAUGGUGAAGAAGGGCUACCGUGAUCCUCCCUAUCACAACUGGAUGCACGCCUUUUCCGUGUCCCACUUCUGCUACUUGCUCUACAAGAACCUGGAGCUCUCCAACUACCUCGAGGACAUCGAGAUCUUUGCCUUGUUCAUUUCCUGCAUGUGUCAUGACCUGGAUCACAGAGGCACGAACAACUCUUUCCAGGUGGCCUCGAAGUCCGUGCUGGCUGCGCUCUAUAGCUCCGAGGGCUCUGUCAUGGAGAGGCACCACUUCGCUCAGGCCAUCGCCAUCCUCAACACCCAUGGCUGCAACAUCUUUGACCACUUCUCCCGGAAGGACUAUCAGCGCAUGCUGGACCUGAUGCGUGAUAUCAUCCUGGCCACGGACCUGGCCCACCACCUCCGCAUCUUCAAGGACCUUCAGAAGAUGGCUGAAGUGGGCUAUGACCGAACCAACAAGCAACACCACAGGCUCCUGCUCUGUCUUCUGAUGACUUCCUGCGACCUCUCGGACCAGACCAAGGGCUGGAAGACGACGAGGAAGAUCGCGGAGCUGAUCUACAAAGAAUUCUUCUCCCAGGGAGACUUGGAGAAGGCCAUGGGAAACCGGCCCAUGGAGAUGAUGGACCGCGAGAAGGCCUACAUCCCCGAGCUGCAGAUCAGCUUCAUGGAGCACAUUGCCAUGCCCAUCUAUAAGCUGCUGCAGGACCUGUUUCCCAAGGCGGCCGAACUGUAUGAGCGAGUGGCCUCAAACCGGGAGCACUGGACCAAGGUGUCGCACAAAUUCACCAUCCGCGGCCUCCCCAGCAACAACUCGCUGGACUUCCUGGACGAGGAGUACGAGGUGGCUGGGCUGGAUGGUGCCAGGGCCCCUGUCAAUGGCUGCUGUGGCCUGGACACUGAGUGACACUCUUCCUAGGGGACUCCCCCCACCCCAAUCUCCUUCACCACUCAGUUCUCUCUCCACAUCCCUUCCCUGGACCAGCCAGAUAAACUGGGAACCAGAGCCAUGGUCCUGAAUUGUAGACCAGGACCUCCUGUGUGACCCUGGGCAAGUCCUGACCACCCUGGGCCUCACUUUCCUGUCUGUAGAAUGGACAUGAGGCUUCUGUCCUCACCAAGACCUUGUCAUCUGUUUGGCCAGAGCAGGCAGGAUCAGAGCAGAUUCUGCUGGGUGUGUUGGUUAAGUGAUCUGACACUGAACCUUCCUGAACACACACACGCACACAUGUGUGCACAUACUGCAAUACACAUGCAUGUAUGCCUGUGCACAUACAAAAUGCACAUGGGGUACACAAUGUGUACACACACACACACACUCACACACACACACACACACACACUGGUCUUUCCUGUCCGAGGGGAAGGUUGGAGUCUGAAUUCCUUACCCCACCAGCCGCCCUGCCUUCCCCUCAGCUCUGACCACACCCGGACAAGUCCUCUCCCCAGGCCUCUUCUUCCAGGCAGCCCUAGGUGGGUAGGUUCCUGUGUGCCUCUGUCCCACUUGCUGGGUCCUUUUCCCCUUUGCGUCUCUAGGAUCCUCUUGAAGGGUAAGGUAGGGAAGUAGAGUGUAGAGUUGGACCAGCCAUGGGGGGAAGGUGCCCCCCACUGGAGGUUCCCCAUGGGACUCCCAAUGGGCUUUGGGACUUGACUGACCCCCUGCUCCUCAGCUGGAAGUCAUCAGAGGCUCUAAAAGAUAGCAAGAUAGAGUUGACAGAGCCAAGUGGGAGUGGGUUAUGCUGCUUGCCGGCUGGGUGGCCUCCAGGGCAGUCCCUUCCCCUAGCUGGGCGACACAGGAGGCUAAGAUGGUCAGAUUUCUAAGUUUUCUUUAGGUCCCCAUCAUCCUGUGGGGUCCCAGCAGAGGCCAUGUGCUCUCUGUCACUCUUGGGCACACAGAGCCCUGCUCUGAGCACCUGAGCAUACCUCCUUGGCCUGGGACCUCCCCAACUCCUACAGCCGGAGGGGCUCUGGCUCGGCCCUGGCAGGAUUUUCCUUCCUCUUCAAGGCCAUAUCCAUCUGUGUCCCGGGGGCUGCAGAGGCCCCUCAGGGCCAGGUGUCGGGUCAGCCCAGCUGCUGGCUUCUCUCUUUUCUGUGUCGUCCUGUACGUGUCGUGGGGUGGGGGGAGGGGGGCCACCUGCCUUACCUAUUCUGAGUUGCCUUUAGAGCGCUGCGUUUUUCUAGGACUCUGUGCAACUGUUGUAUAUGGUCUCGUGGGCUGACCGCUUUGUACAGAAGAAUAAAUCUAUUUCUUU